AGCGGUCGGUGACGCAGGAGGUAUUUGUGUGCGUUUAAAGACCAGGCACGGUUCAUACCUACGAUUGAGUGCCAUUGCUCUCCGUCCGGGGCAUUUAAUGAGCGCUUUGCUCGGGGAAAGUGGAUCUGAAAUUAAGAAAAGAAGAAAGUGCAGCGUGGAGAGGCACACCAUCUGACCCAACAUCCGCCGCUUUGUCUGGGGCGAAACAAAGGACUCGGGCAGCGAUUGCCGUCUUUGUUUGCCUCCUCGGAGCAGUGGCCCGAUAGCGGCGACUCGGAGCGGCCAGUGGCGCCCGCUGAGGCCACCGAGGGUGAGCCGGGGUUCGAGCGGAGCGGCGAUCCGGACGGUCCAGGGGCAGCGCGUCCGUCCUCCGCCGCGGUCCACAAGAGGGCAACGCCGGCCGGGCUGUGGGAGAAACGAUGAGAAGGUUUUGAACAGCUGGAGAGCGUUCAUCGUGGGAGUUCUUCUGAACAUUAGUCGUGCUGAUGUUCUCUCCUGACCAGGAGAACAUCUCUACAGGCUCCACCAAAGGGCCGGUGAAGUAUGGGGAGCUCAUCGUGUUGGGGUACAACGGCUCGCUGCCCAAUGGGGACCGGGGGAGGCGUAAGAGCCGCUUCGCCCUCUGCAGGCGACCCAAGGCCAACGGGGUGAAGCCCAGCACAGUGCAUGUGGCCUGCACACCCCAGGCCGCCAAGGCCAUAAGCAACAAGGACCAGCACAGCAUCUCCUACACGCUGUCGCGGGCCCAGACGGUGGUGGUGGAGUACACACACGACGGCAAUACCGACAUGUUCCAGAUUGGCCGCUCCACGGAGAGCCCCAUCGACUUUGUGGUGACGGACACGGUCCCGGGCAGCCAGACCAAUGGCGACACGCAGACAGUGCAGAGCACCAUCUCCCGCUUCGCCUGCCGGGUCAUGUGCCAGCGCAGCCCCCCCUACACUGCGCGCAUCUACGCCGCCGGCUUUGACUCGUCCAAGAACAUCUUCUUGGGGGAGAAAGCGCCAAAGUGGAAGACGUUGGACGGGCAGAUGGACGGGCUGACCACCAACGGCGUGCUGGUGAUGCACCCCCGCACGGGCUUCACCGAGGACUCCAAGCCGGGCGUGUGGCGCGAGAUCUCUGUCUGCGGCAACGUGUUCACACUGCGGGAGACGCGCUCAGCACAGCAGCGGGGCAAAAUGGUGGAGAACGAGACCCAGGAGCUGGUGGACGGCUCGCUGAUCGACCUGUGCGGCGCCACGCUGCUGUGGCGCACGGCGGAGGGGCUGUCGCGCACGCCCACGCUGAAGCACCUGGAGGCGCUGAGGCUGGAGAUCAACGCGGCGCGGCCCCAGUGCCCCGUGGGCUUCAACACGCUGGCCUUCCCCAGCAUGCGCCGCAAGGAGGUGGUGGACGAGAAGCAGCCUUGGGUCUACCUGCAUUGCGGCCACGUGCACGGCUACCACGACUGGGGUACGCGGGAGGAGCGUGGCGGCGGCGAGGGCGGCGGCGAGCGCGAGUGCCCCAUGUGCCGAGCCCGCGGCCCCUACGUGCCGCUCUGGCUGGGCAGCGAGGCUGGCUUCUACUUGGAUGCCGGCCCGCCCACCCACGCCUUUAGCCCCUGCGGCCACGUGUGCUCGGAGAAGACGGUGGCGUACUGGGGGCAGAUCCCGCUGCCGCAUGGCACCCACACCUUCCACGCCGCCUGCCCCUUCUGCGCCCAUCAGCUGAGCGGCGAGCAGGGCUACGUCAGACUCAUAUUCCAGGGCCCCGUGGACUAGACCCCGCCCCUCAGCCUGGCUAUAAGCUAGACCCCGCCCCCACGGACUUUCGUAAAAUGCCUCUCGGUUGUAAGUGACCUUUAUCAGGUUUGUCGCUUUUGUUUUACAGGAGAGUCCAAUUUUAACGGAGGAAAAGCCACAAUCCUGAACUCCCAGCAAGGCUGGCCUCCCUUUCCCCGCCAUCGCGCAUAAAGACAUCAAAGCAGUAUUUUAUUUACCGAUGUACCCGGUUGAACAGCCCUUUUUUUUUUU